AUGGUACAAACGAGAAACAAUUUAGAUUUGUCGAAACUAAGCAUUCAUCAAGUAAUAUCGAAUCAAACAGCAGAAGAAAAAGUGACUUCAUCAAGUAUGUCAAACCAAAAUAAUAAUAUGGACAAUUUGUACAAUACAAGUACAUCAUGUCAGUCAAUUAAAGCAGAUUUCUCAACACUCAAAACGAGUUCUUCAUCGUUCACUCCUACCGAUGCAAUAGAAAUGAAGAUGAUCGCUUUAUCGGAACUUGAUAAUCAAAUGUUAAAAACUAUUCCAACUUCAUCACAAACCCAACCGAUAAACCACUCAAUUAAUAGCAAUGAAGAUAAAGAAUUAGCCAGAAUUCCUUAUUAUAAUGGAAAUACGAACAUAUAUGCUUGGUUGACGGCUAUUAAAAGUGCAUUUAUUGAUUUGAAUUACGAUGAAAGUACUUGGGCAAAUAAAGCUAAAUAUUAUCUAUUAGACCAUGCUGCUCAGUUUGUAUAUGUUAAUGAUGAUCAAAUGACCAACUGGAAAGAUUUUCAAAAAUUAAUGAUCGAUCGAUAUUCACCAAUCAUAACUACACAAGGUCCCAUGGAUUCACCUGUUAAUGCAUUAAUUGGUUCUUGUACGAAAUCCCAACCGUAUACAACUUGUUCAUCAGACACUUUGGCUGUCAAAGCUCAUUAUGCCUUAGUACUGGAAGAUUUAAAAACAUUACCAAGAUUUUCGAAUACAGAUAAAUGUUACUGCACAUUGAAAUUGUUGUCCAAUAUCGAUGAUAAAUGGUUGGAAUUUAUGCGUCGUCAAAAAUUAGAUUGGAAUAACUUCAAACGGAAAUUAAUUAGCCAAUUCGAAGGAAAGAAGGACCCAUCACGUAUUGAAUUGGAAGAUGCUAUUCGAAAUCGACGUUAUCAUGAUAAUGAAUCUAUGCAUCAAUAUUAUUCUGAUAUCAUGCGACAAUGCGAUUUAUUAGAGACAGAAUAUACAGUUUCAGAUCGUCAUCGUAGUGAUUAUAUAAUUCGAGGUCUACCUGAUAGUAUUCAAGAUCAAGUAUUAAUUAGAGAAUAUUCAACACCAAAAGAAUUAUUAGAAGUAUUGCAAAAAAUUGAAGAGCGCCGAAAACGGACAAAUUUUGAACAACAUUCGUAUAACAUCAUCAGUACUGAGCGAGUAACAACAGUAACCAAUGAUGAAUUAGAUAAUCCAUAUGCUGAUACAGAUACACAUAAUCAAUUUAGAGCUGUGCUGAAAUGUGAUAAAUGUAGACAACCUAUUGAAUGUAUUGGUUAUUGUAUAAUAAUAUGUGAAACACUUGUUCAUCAUGAACCAGCUAUUACAGCUCCAUUACUUAUGGAUAUCAUUGAAACAAUUGGAAGAGUUGCUGCAUCUCAUAGAUACGCAUGGCAAGAAAAUUCAACUGUUGUUGCACUGACUAAUUCAACUAGUACUGCACAACAAUUUAUUCAUUAUGAAAAAUCAUUACAUACAGUUGCUUUAUCAUGGAAUGAUUUUCCAGAAUUUAAUUCAAUUAUUGCACCUAAAUGGCUUCCUAAUGAUAUAAAUGAACAAAAAUGUCUUUCUCUUGACAUUUCUACAACAUUACCCAGUAAUAUCGCACAAUUUAUGGAAUAUAUUUCGAUUGAUUCACCUAUUCAAUUAUGGACAAGUGCAUUUCUUGAAUUUGAUUUUUUAUUUGAUAAAUUAACACGUAUUUAUACAACAAUUAAAUCUAGUACACCAAUUAAUUAUGGUUUAACUUCCAUACUUCGUAUUAUGAUGAGCAUACUUCAAGUUCUAUAUUAG